UUGAGGAGAAGAGGAAGGUGGACGAGGAGAAGAGAAGGAAGACGGAGGAGGAGGAGAAGAGGAGGAAGGAGGAGGAGGAGGAGGAGAGGAGAGAGGAAGUGAAGAGAGUGCACAGGAGAGCGAUGCAGAGUCUGGUGUGUGAAUACAGCAGCUGUCAGGCAGAGCUACAGACUCGCAUAGUGGCCCUGGAGACAGAGCUACGGGAGCGUGAGGAGAGGUGCAGGAGGAGGGAGGUUCCUCUCAGUGAUGAUCUCCAGAUGGGAAGACUCCAGGAGAGACUCACUGAGAGGAACCAACUCAUCAAACGCCUGGUGGAGGAACGACAUCAGCUGCAUCUUCAUCCUCCGGUUGCCGGGGACAACGGAACCCUCAGGCUCCAUGACAACAGGCCACACCCCGGGAUCGUUACACCAACUAUGAGGAGGAAGCGUGUGGAGGAGUCUCCGCCCCGUGUCACCAGCGUUCCAAACCUCAGCGCCUAUGAGAGGAGUGUCCUCCUCCCCCACGACACCCCCUCCCCCUGCCUCCCCCAACAUCCCUCCCCCUCCUCAACUCUGCCCUACGCCUCCUCCUCUCUACCUCGUUCCUCCCCCUCCCUCCCCCGUACUCCCAGGUCUCCCAGUUUGGAUCCCAGCGGUCGCGGCCCUCUCUCUCGUACCCCCACUCCUCUCCCCCCUGCUCCCACCACCCCCCUCCCCCUCUGUCCAUCCUCCCUCCCCGAGCCUCGACACGGGAUUCGACACGUCACCUCACCCUCGCAGGAGCUCCGCCCACACCUGAACAGCCAGUCAACCAGGAGCCCAUAUUUGGAGCAGAGGGGGAGUGGCCAGGGGGCAGAGGGGCGGGACCCUCAGAAGCAGGAUUGGUACACGAAGUACUUCUCCUUCUGAACACACACACACCACCACACACACACACACACACCUGUACAACACACUCAGCUUUAAACAAACACCUGACAGACCACACACACACACACACACCACACACACACACAGGUGACCUCUACUCACCUGUACAACACACACAGGUGACCUCUACUCACCUGUACAACACACUCAGCUUUAAACAAACACCUGACAGACCAAAAGCUUGUUCAAUGCAAAUGUAUUGUAUUAUAAUCUAUAAUGUGGAAUAAAGUAUUUUAUUUAUAUCUA